GCGUAAGCUGUUCCGCUCAAGUAUUUUUAACAUUUAGGCUGGCGAUGGCGUAAAACAAGCGGGAUAGUGACGCCAGAUGCGGGUGACGUAAUAUUUUGCGUGGUGACGCAGGCAGCCGGUUAACUGGGGCGAGUGUCCGUACGUGUACGUGCGCUGACGAAACCGUGCGUGCUGACGUGUCUGGCGACGUUCCGGGCAUGCCCAAACAGCCCUGGAGGUAAACAAUAACCCGGCGGCGGCGGAGAGGCGGCGGCACCGCGGGGAUGGCGGCCCAGAGUCUGUUCUCGCUGCGGGUCAGCGUGCACUCGGACCAGGGUGGCAGGAAGUACAUGGAGGACGUGACCCAGGUGGUGAUCGAGCCCGAACCCGAGCCCGGGGAAGCCGAGAGUGGCGAGGAGGAAGACGGCGGGGUGCAGGGCCCGCGACACCGGCGCCGGCCCGGAGUAGCCUUUUUCGCCGUGUUUGACGGUCACGGCGGGCGAGAAGCGGCGGUGUUUGCUCGCGACAACCUCUGGAAGUGCAUCAAAAAGCAGCGCGGCUUCUUGUCCGAGGAUCCCGAGGAGUUCCGUGCGGCCAUCCGCAAGGGCUUCAUCGCCUGUCACUACGCUAUGUGGAAGAAGCUCCCUGACUGGCCAAAGACCCUGACCGGUCUGCCCAGCACCUCAGGCACCACCGCCAGCGUUGUCAUCAUCUGCCGGGACAAGAUGUACGUAGCACACGUGGGUGACUCUGGUGUAGUGCUGGGGGCACAGGACAGCCCAGCCCUGGGUCAGGGCCAGAGUGAGGGCACCGUCCAGGCCCUGGAGGUGACACAGGAUCACAAGCCUGAACUUCCCAAGGAGAAGGAGAGGAUUGAGGGGCUUGGCGGCAGUGUCAUUAACAAGUCGGGAGUGAAUCGUGUGGUGUGGAAGAGGCCCCGACUCACCCACAACGGCCCUGUGCGGAGGAGCACCAUUAUUGACCAGAUCCCCUUCCUCGCAGUGGCCCGGGCACUGGGGGACCUGUGGAGUUAUGACUUCUACAGCGGUGAGUUUGUGGUCUCACCAGAACCGGACACAAGUGUUCACACCAUCAACUGCCGAGACCACAGGUACAUUAUCCUCGGCUCUGACGGGCUGUGGAACAUGAUCCCCGCUCAGGAUGCUGUCACCAUCUGCCAUGACAACGAGGACAGGAAACGAUUACUGGAGGAGUCUGGACCGGCAAGUGCCAGGCUCCUGGUGAACCGGGCGCUGGGCCGGUGGCGACAGCGGAUGCUGAGGGCCGACAAUACCAGCGCCGUGGUGAUCUGCAUCGAGCCGCCUGCUCACGACUGCCGGCCCCUUGGCCCUGAAGAGCUGCGGCUCGAGCUGCACCGGGGACUCCCCCACCGCACCGAAGACAGCCGGACGCGGACACCGUCACCGUGUGUCUCCUCCCCACUGAAGGCCACUGGCCAGUUGUCGCCGCCCUGGUUCUGUGCUGGUUUUGUUCCUGUGUUGGCAAGGAGAGAGAGCCGGUGUGGUGGGGAGAGCCCGCCCCCUGUGGUCGCCACGACGAUCGAGAAUCGGGGGAGGGAGCCUGUACCGGGCUGGAGCCCUCAGGCCGGCGGCGGGGGGCUGAAGCGGACACUCGAGGAGCUGAACGGGGCGGCACCUGGCUCGGCCAAGAGACUGAAGGGGAGGGGUGGCCGCGGGUCGGUGGGGGGUGCGGCAGGAGCCACGGCUGCGGCCCCCGCCCCCACCCCUACUCGCCGACGCCAUUCGGAGAAACCGGUGACCCGCAGGAGCCUGAGGGGUCAGCGCCGCCUGAGGAAUGCACUUCUGCCCCAGCACAGGAAGACCAUUUGUGUGUGCUGACGGUUGGAGGGAGGGACAGGGGUCAGUGGGGGGAGAGAAAGGUAAAUAAUUAUUUUAAAGUCUGUACAGAGAAUCAAAAUCAAGAUGAUUCACGAGAGCACUGAGGCUUUGUACUGUUGAUUUGUGAAGGGGCAAGACUCCCUCCAGAACUUUGUCUCCCGCCUCCGCCAUUUCCCCCAUCCCUCCCCUCCUGCCCCCUUCGUUCAAGCAUCAUCCUCCCCCCCUCGCUUUACCUCAGCUUCUCUCUUACUCCUCUUCCCACUGUCAGCUCAGUCUCUCUCACUCCUCCCUGCCUCCCUCCAACUCUCCCUUGUACCUCUACAGUCCCACGCUGUCGCAUUCUCACCUACCCGCUGCCCUCUCCCUCACCUCCUUCCCACCCUCCUUUCUCUUACGAUGAUUAGGAAUUGCCUUCAUUUGGCCGCCCUCCCUGUUCCUUGUCGUCUUGAGGCUGCCCAGCUGUCGUCUCUGCUUCCCCGGCUUGGUUCAGCUCGGAGAUGGGAACAGGGUUCCUCUAGUAGCUCGGCCGAUGGAGUUCAGCUCCUUCCACCAUUCCACCCAUGUACCAGGCAGGUGGGCAGGCAGUGCCUCCUGCAGACAUCGAACCAAAGCUCCUGGGCCCAGCUACCCCUCUGUGUUAGGAACCGCACCUGCCACUGACUGUGACCAUUUGCCGAAUUAUGUGAGACAGUGUGGGAUGGGUUGUGGGGAGUUGCCCUCCCGUCAACUGUUAGCCCUCAUCUCACUUCCCCUCUCCCAUCUGAUCCUGAACCCCAGCCUUUCAUUUGAUGGAUAAUCUGUUUUAACCCCUUUCUGCUUCACUCCUGUUUUAAAAAUAAACAAUACUUAAGUCACAAUUUUUGCAGGAAGCCAGUCAUCUUUGCACAGCAAAUUAAAUAUUUAACUCAAUUGCCAGUGGGUCUUGGGGACAUGAGAACUCACCAUCAGGGCGGUCAUUAUGUACCCAUGCCUUCCUUUGUGAGGCUCAUCGGCUGGGACUGUCUUUAACCAGUUUGAGAUUUCUUUGGUGUGCCAUUCCCAGAGUUUGUCUUUUCAGGCAGAGGUUUCAAUACGGCACUGUUCUGGUUUAAUUAAGGGUGGGUGGGUGCGUGUGUGUAGAAUUCUAUGUGUGUAUGUGCGUGUGUGCAUGUGUGUACAUGAAUGUGUGCCUGCAUGCUUGAGAGAUGUGUGUGUGCGCACGUCUGACUGCUGCCAUGUCUGUGCACACAUCCCCUGUCAGUAAAUGCCCAGGAACCUUGUGUGUGCAUCUGGCACAGGAACCAUGGUAAGCCAUCUGCCGUGACUGCUAUGCAGCCUGGCUGUGGGACCGCUGCCCCUUCCUGUCUGACCAAUCACUGGCCAACCUGGCGCCGGAGGGUGGUGGGAGUGAGCCAAGCGGCCUCCCUGUGAUCGUACUGUCCAACUGGCCGGGCUGUUGAACCCUCCUCGUCACUUGCUGCAGGCCUCCUGGGGUGACCAAGCAAUCAUGUUUCUGCGUGACCUGACUGAUUCCCGGAACAAACCACCUCCUGUUCCUAAUCCAGAGCUUAUCUUCCUAAUGAAGGUGCGGUGACAAAGAGGAAAUGAAUCUUGUGGGGUCCCUUUUUGUGCCACUUGCUGAAUCCUCGUUUAUCACUGAGGGAGUUUUACCCCCAACUCCUUACACUGAUGGUGCUGCUACAUUUACAGAGGGGAGUUUUACUAAUUUUGUAUUAAUAUAUAUAUGUGUAUAGAUAUAUAUAUAUAUAUUUGAAAGCUCUGUUUCCAAGUAUUAGUCUCUCGUUAUUCUACUGUUUGCUAAAUAAAAUGAUGCCUCUC